AUGUCUCAAAUCACCCCGUUCUCCUAUACUACUUACCUUCUCGGAUACCUGAACUCGCUCAACGGGCUUAGCCUCCAUAGGCUUCCCAGUGAUGUUUACAAUCGACUGAACAAUGUGACGCUGUCUACGCAUCUUCCACACGGCCGAGACUAUCUCGACUCUUUUAUCAACUAUCUCAUGGGGGCCUGCGAGUAUGAACUCGUGACAAUGGAUCCUUCCCCCGCUGGUCAGGCCGAAUACUGGGAUGUGAUUGCAUCACAUCUCUCCGAAAUCUGCGGAGCGGACAUCUCAGUCGACGCCACUUCCCUCCUUGUUGAGUGUCUGUAUGUUGGUCGUCUCCACUACUUGGUUGAACGGGAGCCGUUGGGAAUCCCGGACAACGUGGCGGUUUGCAGCAUCAACAUUUUCACGCUGCGAGCGAUGAUGGUCCCCAACUUUCUCAUCGAGAGCGAGAUUCUGCAAGACGUCGAAUUUCCUCACGAUAUGCUCAACAGUCUCAUCGCAUUAACUCUGCAACGGAGAGAGGCUCUCGGAGACUGCGUCGAGCACGUCGGACAGCGGUUCACCGACCUCAGAAUUGAGUAA